GUGUGAAACCGUGAAAAGCCAUUGCCAUUUACCUAAAGCCAUUAAAAUGGGGGAAGGAGGAAGGAUUUGAUUUGGGUAAAUAUAUUACUGAUGAGAAUCGCAGAACUCCCAUCAUCCCCUGUUUUGAAUUCCAGAAGCAAACUCAUCUCUCCAUUCUUGAUCCAUUCGAAACACCUCUCCUCAGUUAACAGUUAAAAGGCCUAAGGGUGCUGAUACAUGAUGGUUAAUGCAACUAAAGGACUGUUCAUUUCCUGUGACAUUCCUAUGGCACAAUUCAUCAUCAAUUUGAAUGCCUCGUUGCCUGCAUCACAGAAGUUCAUUAUAUAUGUCUUGGAUAACACUCAUCUUUUUGUGCAAACCCAUGUGGCUGAAAUGAUACGAAGCGCCAUGGCAGAAUUUAGGGACCAGAAUUCCUAUGAGAAGCCUACUUGAUUUAAAUCCAUUUCUAAAUGAUUUUCACGUAACUAAUACGUCUCACUUGUCAUUUUGCAAUUUUUUAAAGUACUAGUCAUUUCGUAAUUUUAUCUGUUGCGUGUAAAAUGUGAAUUACACGAAUUACUGCUUUCUUCAUCUCUGUUACCUUUUGGUAGAUGAUUAUGAAUUUCGAUGUACAUUUUGCUUAAUAAUUCUAGCCCCAAACUUCUGGUUGGAUUCCACUUGGUGGAGUUCAUUUGUAAUUCAA